AUGGCCCCAACAAGCGGCGUGUGCUUUUCUAAUAGCUCCGCUAUCGCAGAUUCCACCACAAAGAAUUUCAUCUCUGGAGUUACUGUUCUCGUAUCCCUGUUUGGACGUGAUGCCACGAAUCGCUUCCUAUCCCAAUCAGUCAGCAUAUUUGAUUGGUUAAUCUUUGCAUUGGCACCAUUGGGGGUACCGACCGCUAUUUUUGCCGUCAUCCGCACCUCUCGAAUGCAGUUCCUCAAGCGGAUGGUUGGAUUGGCCGAGGAUAAGGUCUCUGAUGUCGAAAAGGACCUUAUGUCUUCGACUUCUGAUGAUGUGUCUGAAAUCUGGGAUGGAGAAAAGGUUGUCCGAGUCAUUCGUCCGUCUACAGUCUCGGAGCUCUUCUUUGCCGGCCUAAACGGGAAUGCCAUGGAAGAGCCAUAUGGGAUCUAUUCCUCGCAAGAAGCAAAGUGCCGUGAUGGAGUCCUGGAGACAAAGCAUGAAUGGUCGGUUGACCACGAUAACACGGAACUUCAGCUUUGGGACAAACAUCCUGAGUCGCAGCCAACAAUCGACUCGGGAGGCGAUAUGGCUUACCCGCCAAAUAUGAUGCUCAAUUUGGGACCCUAUAACCGGCUGCCAUCACUCUGGACCACUACUAUUCUGGGUAUUUUCUUGGAAGCCGCUGUGCUCAUGGUGGCAAGCCUCACAACCUUCCACCCUACCUUGGCCAAAUGUUUCAAGUCCCGGCACUGGCCGUUUUACCUUUUCGCUAUCGGUGGCGCUCUACUAUUUGUCGGCCUCGUAGCAUGUGCAGCGGCAAUCGAUGGAGCAACGCGAGAUGUCAUCUGGAAGCCUAGAUGCCCGAAUGUGGCAGUUAUGUGGCUUCAAAGAGCCUCUGAUACUGAUGGGAAUACCUCGUAUGUUAUCGCUAAAAGGAUCAAAACCGACUUUAUCACCUCCCACCGUCCGCAUGGUGUACAGCCACUUGUGAAAUUUUCACCUCUAAUCAUAAGCUCGAUUACCAUUGGAUUCCUCAUGCAAGCAAUCGGCCUGUCGACAAUGCAUUGGCCACCUCAGGUGAUCCAGUUUAUUGCCACCAUAGUCAUGUUCGUUUGUAGGAGUUACCUGCGCCGGCAAGACUCGCCAGAUCGCGUCAAGAAGAUACAAACCGGCUGUUGUGAAGACUGGAUUGCGAAGAUGUUUGUUCUCAACCCGGAGAAUCUAUGGUCAGAGCCGUCAUCGGACGAUCCCGACGUUCAUUGGAAGUUGGAAGCUCUCGAAAUUGGCAACCAAGACUCACGUUUCGGCGAAUCCAAGUGUGCGCAGAACCUGCUGCAGACGCGCCGCUUUCUAGCCAACAUGACCCAGAAUGGCGGCCAUCCUAGGCUUCUAGCAUCAUCCCUUGCUUCAGCCAUCGACAACGUCAUUCAGGCGACAUCUCAAUUCAAGAUCUGGAAAGACGUCGAGAGUUGGUCCUGGAAUGUUGGACUUCGCGUGGACGAUGGGAUUCCUGAGGAAGUUAAACUCACAAUUCAGGGGACCGAGAAAGAACUGCAUGCAGAUGAAAAGGCCCUCGAGGCUCUUAUAUCAUUGCUCCCCUCUAGUAUCAUUACCCGGCAACGCACUGCAUGUCCAAGGAGAGGUCUAUUGUUUGUGGGCCCCGGUGAUCCACGGAUUGCAGAGGACUUGCGAGAGUUUGGGCAUGUCAAUGACCUUGGUCUUUACCAAGUGCCCCCGGUAGACCAGUCGCAGGACCUCAGAAUAUCAGUUGACCGAGAUAUGAUCCCUGGGAUUGAAGAAGAAUUCUUGGAGACAGCUCGUAGCUGGGCUGAGGGUGAGACGGUCACGUUCGACACAAAGAGGAUUUCAGAGCCCAGUGAAGUUGUUGGUGGUCGAGAUGCCGCUCUAACCAGGAUAUCAACUCAAUCGCCAGGUGAACUGUUUGCGCAGCAUAUAUUUGUCUGUUUCAUGUGGAUCAUUGCACGGGAGCUUGGUGAAAAAGGAAAGAAGGUUGACCCAGGGGAGACAAAAAAGCAAAGCGCAGUUACAGGAAACCUUAAGCGGUCCUGGUUGAAGAUCUUGAUGCGAAAGAUUGAGCUGACCAGACUUGGAAAUAUGGAUUUCGCAACUUUCGCCGUCAUUCCGCCACUGUCCCACUACCGUCUACUGGAUCGAGACGAUUUACACUCUUCAAGGCGAAACUUUGUGUCGCAUCAGCCUUCAUCAGUGGGUGUAUCUCCAUCUCGCAUGCAGUAUAGUCCGAAUGACGGUAUAUCUAGUCAACUUGAAAAGUUCAUACAACGGUGUCCAUGA